AUGUUAACAACAGAACAUUCCAAAAAUGACUUGGCCGGGGGAGAAAUCCUUCGGUAUGUUUCGAAUGGCGCCCGAGGCGCUGGAGUGGUUGACGCAGUCGCUCAAGCUUCUUUUAAUGAAAAAAAGUGGGUUUGGGUGGAGGAUAAGAAUGCGGGUUAUAUCGCCGGUCACAUAACAAAAGACAUGGGGGAACAGGUGGAGGUUCAAUUGGAUGAUAAUUCGACCCGUGUAAUUAAUCUGAGCGAAACGGAAAAGAUGAAUCCGCCUAAAUUUGAUAGAGUGGAAGACAUGGCAGAGUUGACACACUUGAAUGAAGCAUCAGUAAUCCAUAAUCUUCGAUUACGAUAUCUAUCUAAUCUAAUAUAUACAUAUUCUGGACUUUUCUUGGUCGCAGUCAAUCCUUACCAGAAAAUUCCGAUUUAUACGGAUGAGAUUAUUCGAUCUUACAAGAGUCGGCGACGGCAUGAAAUGCCUCCCCACAUCUACGCUAUUGCAGACGCGGCCUAUCGUAACAUACUGCUAGAACGUGAAAAUCAGUCCAUACUAAUCACUGGAGAAUCCGGGGCUGGGAAAACUGAAAAUACAAAAAAGGUGAUCCAAUAUAUAGCAGCGAUUGCUAGUGACAGCUCUGACACAAAGAAGUUGGGUAAACUCGAGCAACAAAUUCUCCAAGCAAAUCCUAUACUGGAGGCAUUCGGCAAUGCACAAACCAUUCGUAAUAAUAACUCUUCUCGUUUCGGCCAGAUCGCGGGAGCAAACAUCGAAAGAUAUUUGCUGGAAAAAUCACGUGUCACCUAUCAAACUCAUAAUGAACGUAACUUUCACAUAUUUUAUCAGCUCCUGAAAGGUGCUUAUCCUCAAAUCAGAAGUAAAUUACUUUUGGAUGGACAAGUAAGCGAUUACAGAUUUACUAAACACUCAAGGGAAGAUAUCGAUGGCGUGGAUGAUGCAGUAGAAUUUCAGGGACUUGUGGAUGCCAUGAACAUAGUGGGUAUUUCGCAAGAAGAGCAAAUGAACUUUUUCCGCAUAAUUGCUAUCGUGCUGCACCUUGGAAAUAUCAAUGUUACCUCGAGUAGAGAUGAUCAAGCACAGAUUUUGGAAACUUCGGUUGUCGAAAAAGUUUGUCACCUACUGGCAAUACCGGUGGCCGAUUUUAUCAAGGGUCUUCUAAAACCCCAGGUUAAAGCUGGUCGAGAAUGGGUCACCCAAGCUCGUACCAGGGAACAAGUUUUAUAUUCGAUUGAAGCUCUCGCGAAAUCAUUGUAUGAACGAAGCUUUGGUGCACUGGUAGAUAGGAUCAAUAAGGCUGUUGAUAGACCUUCGAGCAAAUCAAAUUUCAUUGGUGUGCUUGAUAUUGCAGGAUUUGAAAUUUUCGAGACAAAUAGUUUCGAACAACUAUGUAUCAAUUAUACAAACGAAAAGCUUCAACAAUUCUUUAAUCACCACAUGUUCGUUUUGGAACAAGAGGAGUACAGACGAGAAAAUAUCGAGUGGAAAUUUAUUGAUUUUGGAUUGGACUUACAACCGACAAUUGAUCUGAUCGAUAAGGCUAAUCCUGUGGGUAUUCUCUCUUGUCUCGACGAAGAAUGCGUGAUGCCAAAGGCCACUGAUAAGACAUUUGUUGAGAAACUGCACAGUCUCUGGAAAGAUAAAACAUCCAAGUAUCAAGUUCCUCGUUUUAACCAAGGAUUCAUUCUGCAACAUUAUGCUGCAAAAGUGGAAUACAGAACUGAGGGAUGGCUUAAUAAGAACAAAGACCCUCUUAACGAGAAUGUUACCCAUCUUUUAGCCUAUUCCUCGGAAGCAUACAUUUCCUCCCUGUUCUCUGACUAUCUUGGCGACCUUGUUGAUAAUGGCAAAAAGAAUCGCGUUAAGCGCGGAGCGUUCAGGACAGUCGGCCGUCGUCAUAAGGAACAGUUACACUCUUUGAUGCAGAAGCUUUAUUCCACACAUCCUCAUUUCGUGAGAUGCAUCGUGCCUAACAAUGAAAAGAAGCCAGGUAAAAUACAGGUGCCUUUGGUCCUUGAUCAACUACGAUGUAAUGGUGUGCUUGAAGGAAUUCGCAUUUGCCGUGCCGGUUUCCCAAAUCGAUUGGGAUUUAUUGAAUUUCGCCAACGCUACGAGAUUUUGAGUCCCGGAAUCAUCCCUGCAGGUUUUAUGGAUGGUCGAGAAGCUGCACAAAAGCUGUUGGAAGCUUUUAAUUUGGAGAGUACUCAAUAUCGCAUUGGGCUAAGCAAGAUAUUUUUCCGUGCUGGCGUGUUGGCAGAAUUAGAAGAGGAGCGCGAUGCCAAACUCUCGCAGGUAUUCUCCAAGUUCCAAGCAUGUUGUCGAGGCUGGCUUGGACGAAAACAUUACAAGAAACUUGAAGGAAAACUUCAGGCUGUACGCGUCAUUCAGAGGAACAUUCGAUUUUACAAUAACCUUCGCGCGGAUCCUUGGUGGAAACUCUUUUCCAAAGUUAGGCCAAUGUUAACCAGCGUUCGUUUCGAGGAGCAAUUGAGGAUUAGAGACAAUCGCAUACGCGAGCUCGAAGAAAAACUUCAGAAAGAGACCGAGGAACGGCUGAACUUCGAGUCAGCAAACGCUAAGCUUGAGGUUGAGAAAACUACUCUCGUGGAGUUGUUGCAAAACGAACGUUCCCUUACGCUCGAUAAAGAAGAAGUAUUGAAGCAGACGCGACAAAGAGAAAUGGACCUCGAAGAGGAAGUCAGGGAUUUACUUGAAGAAAUCGAUGAGCUUGAAGGUCAAUGCGAGCAACUAUUGAGAUCAAAGAAAGCUCUUGAAAUUCAAAUGCAAGAACUUGGUCUUUUGAACGCCCCCGCUCAACUGUUGGCACAAAAGGAAAUUGAGGAUCGACAAAAGGACAUUAUUCAACUGGAACGUGCUAACAAGUUACUUCAGGCUGAACUCGGGGAAAUCAGAAGUAGAUUUGACGACGAAAUACAAGAAAAACAAAAAGAAGCAGCGAGUUGUCGUAAAGUAGCGGCCGAAUUACGAGAUUAUCAACUUAAAUACGAAGCGGAAACAAUCAAAUCUGCUGAACUGGCGGAAUCACUGGACGCUUACAAGGCUAAACUAGACAUGAUCUCAAUUAAGCAUGAUGCAGCGGAACUUUCCAGGCUCAAGGCCGAAAAAUCUGAAGGAUUAUUGAAGCUUCAGGUUACAGAACUAGAGCAGUCAUUAGUGGAGAUUUCCAAUGACAAAAAGAUUGCUCAAGACAAAGCCAGAUAUCUUGAGGAACAAUUGGUUGAAUUAGAUGCGAAAAUGGAAGAUGAUGCAGUUGAAAUUGCUGACUUUGCUUCUCUCCGUUCACGUCUGCAAGACGAAUUUGAUGAGGAACGCGAAAGAUACAGGAAAGACAUUGAGGAAAUUCAAUUUUCUCUCGAUCAGACGAGAAAGAAGUAUCAACUAGAAUUGGUUAAGCUUACCGAUGAAAUUGAAAUGGAAAGAGCCAACAUUGUACGCUUGAGGGAGGAGAACAAAUCAUUGCGAACGGAGAAUGAAGAAAUUUUGGCUAAGUCUGAAGGUCAUCAUAACUUGAAUUUGUGGAAACGAGAGAAGGAGAGAUAUGAAAGUCAAAUCACUGAAUUAACUCAACUAUACGGCGACGCCUUGGCUUCUCAUGACGAACUUCAGUCUCGAGUUAGUUCCUUGUUGUCUGAAAUGCGUAAUCUGAGAACAACACUGGAAGAAUGCGAGUCACAGAAGAUGCUUCUCGAAAAAUUAAAACGAAAUCUCGAAGAACGUCUGGAAGAGAUUGGAGAGCAAUAUAAUGAUGCCAGUAAAAAUAAGAAUGCUGCCGAAAGAAGCGUUAAUGCAUUGGACAAAGAAGUUGUAGAACUUCGACAGCUUGUCGAAGAGCAACAGGCGAGUGCUUCUAUAAUGGCUGAAAAAUUGCGUAAAGCCGAAUUAAUGGCUUUAGAUGCUCAGACUGAAUUGGCAAAAGAACGCGAGGAAAAUCAAGAUUUAGUAAAAUCAAAAAUCGUACUAGAAAAGCAGAUCAACGAAUUGAAUGUCCGAAUUGUUGAUCUGGAAGCUAAAUUAAUGACCUCCCCACGUGGUGUGAAACGUCUGGAAUCUCGUCUCGAAGAAUUAACGGUGCAACUCGAUAAUGAAACCCGUGAAAAGAAUGAAACCUUGAGAGUUUCACGAAAAAACGAUCGAACGAUUCGAGAGCUACAAUACCAGCUUGCGGAACGAGAUAAGGCCAAGACACGUUAUGAAUCAGAAAUUAGCAGAUAUGAGCAAAAGGUUGCAAAAAUGCGAGAAGCUAUUGAAGAGCUACAAAAUUCCGAAAAUGCGUUGCAACUAAGCAAAAGGCGUGCAGAGCGUGAAACUAUUGAGGCGAGAGAACGUUCGUUAAGACUUGAGAAAGAUAUUGAAAAGAUGAAAUCAAGGCUUGAUAGAAGUAAUUCUGUCGCGUCCGUAUAUUCAUCGGCUUCAUCAAACUAUUCCAAUUAA